AUGGUUGCAUCGAUGCGUCCAAGGCAGGUGGUCGUCCUCCUCCUGCACUGCGGGCUACGCAUCGCCGCCGUCCACCAUAACCAUAGCACUAAGGUGCUCACCGAUGCCCAGACCUGUCCGGGAGCCAUCAACAUUAGCGGCUACGGCAGCAUUGAAAUGGUGGCGACGAAGUGGAACAUGAAGGGCGACCCCGCGGCCAAAGUCUCCGUCGCGAAUGGCCAGGUUGUGCCGCAUUUGAAGGGAAGGGCGUACUUUGGCGAGUCGUGCAAACACGGCGUCUUUAGCAACGAGAACUAUGUUGCCAUGAAGCUGCUUGGUAAGACGCUGGCCUUCAUGACUGAUUUGUCCCAGCUCGGAUGCGGCUGCAAUGCUGCCUUCUACCUGACUAACUUGAGGCAAAACACAAACGCUUCAACCUGUGAAGACUAUUAUUGCGACGCCAAUGCGGUAUGUGGUGUCAGGUGCGCUGAGAUGGACAUCAUGGAGGCCAACAGCGUCGCCUUCCACGCCACACCGCAUACUGCCGACGACGGUAGCGGUGUUGCCGAGGGCUAUGGCGGCGGCGGUGAUGAAUGGAGCGGCCCUCGACAGUGGUCGCCGGAAGAGUACGGGCCGGAGGCGAAGUGCAUCAACACGAUGCUGCCUUUUCAGGUGGCCGCCUCCUUCCCCGUCUUCGAGCAACGGGGCACCCUGGCCGCGAUGGUUGUGACCCUGUCGCAGGGCUCCUGCAAUCUUAGCGUCGCCAUAUCCACGUAUCAGCUGAAUCGAGGAGGCAAGGAUGUCUCCGUGAUGGAUGAGGUGACCCAGGCCCUCGCCGAAGGCAUGACCCCCAUCGUCAGCUUCUGGCAGGCGGACGACAUGCUGUGGCUGGACGGCAAGGGCUUAGACGGCAAGGGGCCGUGCGUGAAGGACCUUGAGAAGCCCUGCCCCGCGAAUGUCUCCAUGCACAGCUUCCUGCUCGAGCCCACGGCUUCUUGGCCCGAGCCCUCCAGCGGGAACAGUGUGUUCUACAUCGUGGUGGUCGUAGUAGCUCUGUCGGCCAUCGGAGGGGCGGCCGUGUACUGCGUCAAGUGCGGUAGCAGAAACGAGCACGGGCUGCUGAGCGGCAGUGAGUGA